CCGAGGUCGCUCCUUCCGUGCCAACAAACUGUUGGACCCUGUAAACAAACACCGCCCACCGCCUGAACAUUACCACCCCACGAUAGCGAACAGCCCUACACUACACGACUAAGACACUCACAUCCGAUUGAGAUCGCGCAAUAACCCAAUAUGUCUUACAACGGGCGCAUGAGUAUGGCGCGAACGACUCAGCACAACCAACGUGCGCCGCCCGUCAACGAACACGACGCAUUUAUGACUCUGCCCGACCAUGAAAUUGCAGGCUGCAUCUCGGACAUCGGAAUUCAGUUUUCCGUCUCAGAUCUACAGAAGCCGAAUCCCCAAAUCAUCCAGAAGGUCUUCGAAUGGCUCGCCGAGCUACUCAUGAACACAACACGCGAAGUUGUUGCGCCGGCCAUGCGCGCUGCCGCCGAAGACAUGUGUGGUGGCGACGCGGAGAGGCUCUAUACAAGCGACACAAGGGACCUGAUGGCCUUUUUUGUCAUCCUGAGGAAACUUCUUCGCGAAUGCGGUAUUCACGACUUCACUUUCAACGACCUUUACAAGCCUACCCACGGUCGCCUAGUCAAGAUCUUCUCUUACAUGAUUAAUUUCAUCCGCUUCCGAGAGUCACAAACUGAGAUCAUAGAUGAGCACUUCAACAAGGCGGAGCGCACGAAACUACGAAUCGAACAACUAUACGAUGACAAGCAGGCAAAGGAAAUGCAAUUGGCCGAGCUUGAGCGCAACCGUGCGGCGACACAAAGGCUCAUGCAAGAGAAGGAAAAGCGCAACAACGAGCUCAAGAGCAGGCUGCUGGAGUUGAAGAGGGGUCAAGAGGCGGUUGCAGAGAAACUCGAGCGUGCUAAAGCCGAGCAAGAUAGGCUGAAGAAGCUCUUGCAGCAGAGGGUCGAGAACAAGGAGAAUGUGCAGCGCGAGGUUGUAAAACUGAAGCCUUACACACAACAGAGCCCGACAGCGCUGGAAGAAUCACUGCGAGACCUAAGCGACCGCCUCACUGGAGACAAGACCCAGAUCGACAUGCUGGACCGUCGUGCUCGAGCCCUUCAAACGUCUACCGACUCCUUCGCUGUAGUUGCGACUGACGUUACUUCGUGCACACGACUACUCACAGAUGUACAAGCCGAUCUAUCACGCGAGGAGGAGGAGUUGGCAAAGGCAUCAAGACACCGAGACGCAUUGGCAGAUCGAAGCAACAACGUUCGGGAUGUGGAACGACAAGAGCGCCUCCUACAGAAGCAGCUAGGCAACAUCAACGCACGAACCAGCAAACUCAAGACCAAGGGCGACGAGGAAGCGGAACGUGCGCGUAAGCGGAUGGAGGAGCUACGAGAGACGCACGCGAAGCUGACCGAGGAGCGAGGGGAGAAAGGGCGUGAAAUGGAGAGGAGGCGAGUACGCAUUGAGCAGACGGAGAAGAAGAUGGCUGAACUCAAGGACAACAUUGAGAACGAGGUGCACGCUGCCCAUGAUGAGUACCUCAAGAUGGAGAGUCACAUCAAGCUUUAUAUUACGGAGAUGGAGCAGAGCAUCUAGGGUCGUUGUUGUCACGUACAAUCAGCUUACGUUGGCGUUUGGAAUCUUUUUGAUGAUACCAGGUUGCAGGGCUUGUGAUACCAUGUAGUUCUGAUUUAAUUACUGUUCUGUCUUGCCGUUUUACGGUGCAUUUGAU